CUCGAUCGAGUUGAAGCUUGGCCGGUCGAGUUGAGGAACUCGACCAGUUGGUCGAGUAGAUGGUCAAGCUGGUCUUUACGAUGGUUUCCUCCUUCUUCCCUUGCGUAUCCAGUUGAGCAACUCGACCGGCCAAGCUUCAACUCGAUCGAGCUGGGAGUCAAAGAACCCAACUUCAAGAAGCAACAGUUUAAGAUGUUGAGAGGUGAAGGAAGCAAGGCAGCGUUCACAAAGAGGGAGAUAACAAGAGGAGCAAGGAGAAUGCUUAAGACACUAACCAAGGAAGAUGAGGAAGAGAUUGAGAGGUUGAGGGAAGAGAGAAGGACCAAGAGGAGGAAUGACCCAAUCAGCAGUGAGAGUGAAUUGGGAGAGUUCGAGAUUGGGUGA